AUGCGCCCCUCAACACUCAGUCUGUUUGCGGCGUCGCUGCUAGGAUCGGCGCUGGCUAAACCGGAGCAGAUCCGGGGAGUGCGAGACCCGAUCUACCAUCUUUACCUGCAGGCCCAUCCGACCAAUGAAACACUUGCCGUCCUAGGACCAGAGGCUACGAGCGAGCGUUUCGACAUCUCGAGCACCAUCAAGUCGGUCAACACGACCAUGUACCUCAACGUAGGAACCGAGAGCACCUCUUACAAGUCGCUGACGUUUGGGACCACGGCUUCGACCGACUCUUGGGGGCUGGAGGGCGAUACUAUCAUGACCAAACCUGGUAGUGCAUUGGGGAGAAACUUGAACUUUGUGGUGUGUCGACUCGAAGGUAGCUUCUGGCAGCUUUGGCUGCAGACUGGGAGCGACAUGCCAAGGGGUAACAGUUGCAGCAACUACCAGACCAUUCACUUGCCAUGCCUUUGUUGA